GAUCAACACUCUGUGGUAGGCCAGGGAGCUGGCCCCACUCCAAGCUCCAGUUCUUGCUCAAAUCCAAACACUGGAAGUGGUUACAUGAACUCAUCCCAGCAAUCAAUGUUGAAUCAGCAACUGAUGGAAAAGAAACAGGCUCUGCAACGGCAAAUGAUGGAGCAAAAACAACUCCUUCUACAGCAGCAGAUGUUGGCAGAAGCCGAGAAGAUCACUCCACAAGAUCAGCUGAACAGACACUUGACACGACCCCCACCAGAUUAUAAAGACCAAAGAAGGAACGUGGUCAAUAUGCAACAAGCAAACCAAUAUCCUGGUGGUUCACCAGCUGUGAGUAUGAGCUCCAACAACAUGUCCUUAUCCAACCCAAUUUCAACUCACAGCAUCAUGCCCCAGAGCUCCAGCCUCAUGUCCACCCCCACUGGGACCCGAAUGCCUUCUGUUCCUGCUGCUCGGAGUAUGGGCUGCUACGGGAACCUUCCUUGCAACCAACCAAGCGCAUACAAUGUGACUUCAGGAAUGAACCAAAUGCAGCCACACAGAAACCAAAAUCAAGUCCUGCCCAGUCAGAAUAACCCUAUGAUGUCUCGACAGCAAACCAUGACACAGGGAAACAACGUAGCGGCUUUUGGGACGGGGUCGGUGGUCAACUCGCAGCAAGUAAGGCCAAGCUUGAACCAUGGAGCCACAGGUAUCCCCACGCAAAGGCCAGCCAAUGUGAUGAUCACGGCUACUGCCACUGCCCAGAACUGGGCCACGCAAGAAGCUGCAGUGAAGCAGCAAGAUGCACUGAAACAAACAGGAGUCCGUUUCCCCGCUGGCACUCCAUAUCCUAACCAGUCUUUGCAACGCAGUGUAGGCAACCAGCAUUUUCCUCAGCGUGCAUUGGCACCUCCUAACCAGUUGACAGCGGGAGUCCAAAUGAGGCCUCCUCCAAACCAAAUGCAGCAGACUCUAAAUGGACAAUCUGCCGGCUCACUACGAGGUCUCAGCAUAAGACCCAACCAGCUAAGAGGACAGACUGUGCCUACCUUGAAUCAGCCAGGAACAAGUAUGACUCCUCCGUCAUCUCUGCCGUCAACCAGUUUCACAUCUACCAACCAAAAUUCUCGUGCUUACCAAGGAAGUGACCACAGUAAUGACCUUGCGUUUGAUUUUCUGAACCAACAAGGUGACAGUAUAGGACCUGCCCUCAACAGUGACUCAGACUUUAUAGAUUCUCUACUGAAGACGGAACCUGGUAACGAUGACUGGAUGAAAGACAUCAACCUUGAUGAAAUUUUGGGGAACCACUCGUAA